CGCUCACGUGAGCGGCGCAGGUCAUAUGGGCGCGUGUCAUGUGCCCACCGGGAGCGGAACCUGCGCCGGGAGCGGCCGCGAUGGGGCCGCUGCUGCUGUCGUCGUCGCUGAUGCUGCUGCUGCUGGGGCUGGGCCGGGCCGCCCCGCCGGGGCACGAGGUGACGUACCUGCCCGGGCUGCAUAAGCAGCCCUCCUUCCGCCACUUCUCUGGCUACCUGUGCGCCGGACCGGGCAAGCACCUGCACUACUGGUUCGUGGAGGCCCAGAGCAACCCCCAGGGCAGCCCCCUGGUGCUGUGGCUGAACGGGGGUCCCGGCUGCAGUUCCAUGGAAGGCUUCCUCAAGGAGCAUGGCCCCUUCCUGAUCCAGCCCGAUGGGGUCACGCUGAAGUACAACGAGUACGCCUGGAACAAGAUUGCCAACAUCCUCUACCUGGAGUCUCCCGCUGGCGUCGGCUUCUCGUACUCCGAUGACAAGAAGUACGGCACAAAUGACACAGAGGUUGCUCACAACAACUACCUGGCGCUGAAGGAUUUCCUCCGCCUGUUCCCUGAGUACUCCAAGAAUGAUCUCUUCCUCACAGGGGAGAGCUAUGGGGGGGUCUACAUCCCCACACUGGCAGAGUGGGUGAUGCAGGACCCCAGUCUCAAUUUGAAGGGAAUCGCUGUGGGAAACGGCCUCUCAUCUUAUGAGAUCAAUGACAACUCCCUGGUUUACUUUGCCUAUUACCACGGGCUGCUGGGGACCGAGCUGUGGAAGGACCUCCAGGCCUUCUGCUGCUCUGAGGGGAAGUGCAACUUCCAUGACAACUCCAACCUGAACUGCACGCUCAAGAUGGGGGAGAUGAUUCAGAUUGUAGAAGAGUCUGGCCUCAACAUCUACAACCUCUAUGCCCCGUGUGAUGGAGGCGUCCCUGGGAGCAUGAGGUACGAGGGUGAUUAUCUCAUCACACAUGACCUGGGCAACUCCUUCAUCCGGAUGCCACUGAGGUUCUCCUGGCGGCAGAACCUGUUCCGAAUGCCAGUCGCCCGGAAGAAGGUCCGUAUGGACCCGCCCUGCACCAACUCCACAGCCCCCAGCAUGUAUCUGAACUCCCCGGAGGUGCGGAAGGCUCUGCAUAUCUCCCCCGAGGCGCCGGAGUGGGAGGUGUGCAGCUUCGACGUGAACCGCAACUACAAGCGCCUGUACAUGCAGAUGAACGAGCAGUACCUGAAGCUGCUCGGGACCACGAAAUACCGGAUCCUGGUGUACAACGGGGACGUGGACAUGGCCUGCAACUUCCUCGGGGAUGAGUGGUUUGUGGACUCCCUGUGCCAGAAGGUGCAGGUGGCUCGACGGCCCUGGCUCUACACUGAAAAUGGUGAGAACCAGAUUGGGGGCUUUGUGAAGGAAUUCACCAACAUCGCCUUCCUCACUGUCAAGGGAGCUGGCCACAUGGUGCCCACGGACCGGCCGCUCGCUGCCUUCACCAUGUUCUGCCGCUUCAUUAAGAACCAGCCUUACUAGGAGCUACGGGGACUGCCCUCAGUGUGCCGG